GACAGUUGGUGUUGUGGUAAAGUUUAAUGGUUUUGGACGAACGGGUAUAGUGAGUGGAGGGGAUCAUGUCUCUGCCGAUAUACUUCAAUAUUCAUAGAUCCGCCGGGUGGUACCUCCGCGUUCGACAGCCAGAGACUAUCUACUACCUACGGAAAAUCUCAACAUCCAUAGCCAAGCGAAAAGGUUCUCUUGGGACGGGAUUCGAACCCAUACAGCGCACGGCUACUAAUCAGGAGACCGAAAGAGUCUACUCUACCACUGCGGACACCGCUGCUGUCUGAUAUAGAGUGAUAUGAGCUUAUUCCAAUACUGCUCAUUUUAGUUAAAGGGUCACAUAUCUGUUUACGCAUUCUAAUUCAUUAACUAGUCUGACUUCAUUGCGAAAUGUAUGGAUGUAA